AUGCCCAGGCCCGAAAAGAAGCAGAGCAACGGACUCUUUGUGUCGAACGUUGACAAUGAGCAGGCGGUUCGUGACCUGUUCCCUGAGGAGGACAAGGCAAAGAUAAUCAAGCUUGACAAAUGGGGCAAAUACAACCACGUUGUGAUGUUCACCACUGUUGAAGAGGCCAAGGCUGCUCUCGAUCGUCAGCCCCCAGAGCACAAGAAGCCCACGCCCCCCGGUCAACCUCGUAAGCCUAACAUCAAGUUCUUCGAAGACCGUGGUAGCCACCGCGGCAAUGCUGGCACAUGGCAGAGCAGCAACCGGGGAGGCAACACUUCUCAGCGUGGAUACCAGAGCGGUGGUGCCAGCGACAGUGAAGGAGGACGGGGACGUGGUGGAUUCAGUGGACGUGGUCGCGGCCGUGGUGAUCGUGGUCGCGGCGGACGCGGUGGUCGUGGCGGUUUCAACAAGGGAGGACCUACCUCGGAUUCACCUGCUCCAUCGACAUCGACACCAUCUGGUGAGAAGCCCACAGCGGCUGGCGAUGCUUGA